AUGCAAGAGAAAUUAAUAGCUGGACUAACAUCGAGUUAUGGCAGUUUAUUAGGUCAAUAAUAUUUGAAGUGGUUGAAGAUGCCUCCUUCUUAUUUAAGAGUGAUGCAAUCCAUUGAUUAUAGAAAAGGGAUGUAUGCAGCUUAACAAAUCAAGGCAAAUCAAUAGAUAAUGCUCAUUUCUACAGAAAAAUGUUUUACAAGUGUUGAAUUCUCUGGUUGUGAUACUAGGAAAUCUCAAGAACUUCAGGUAUGUAGUUGCAAAUCAAUUAGACCAUAGCAUCAUAAAUCGCUCACAAAAUAUGUGGUGGAAAAGUGGAAUAGUAGUAUUUGGUCACAGGAUUGCUCAAAAUUAUUAUGCAAGUAUUUGUACAUCAAAAAGACCAAUCACUAACUAAUUCUCCAUUUGCUAAUAUGAUUUAAUCUCCUAAUACUCCUUUAUUGUGGCCAUAAACUGUGAUUGAUUUGAUAUCUUCAAGGAAUUUGGCUUCCUUGAUUGAAGGUACUCUCCUUCAAUGUUAAUCCAUGUAUAAUGAAUUACAAUUGAGCAAAGUUUAUGGUUUAACAGCACUUGAAUUUUUGAAAUUGUUCCAAGCUGUCAGAGCUUCCUUAAUUUGCUUCAAUCCACAGUAUAACCAAUAUAAAUACAUUCUAGAAAACCAAAAUACUUUGAUAUGCAAUCAGUCUAAAUAGUAUGUCCAUUAGUUUAUCAAUUUGAUCAUUCCUUUGAUCCUAAUUGUUAUUUAGAUGGUUGUUAUUUGAGUCAUGAAAACAUGAGUUUUGUUGAUUUUAGUGCUAAAAAGUAAAUUGAACCAGGAGAUGUAAUAAAUAUAAUCAAAAUUUUAAUAGAAAUUAACAAUUAAUUAUGGUAAUUUGAGUAAUCAUGAUCUAUUAAUGAGACAUGGAAUAAUGGUAGAUGAUAAUCCUUAUAAUGAAAUGCCUAUUGAUUUGGAUUUUACUACAGCUAUUAAUUAUACUGAAUAACUCUUUGACUAAAAAUAAAAGUGGUUAAGAUAAAGUGAAAUCACCAACAUUGAAAGAUAAUCCUUAUACAAUAACAAAAUCAAUGUACAAUUAUUAUAGUAAUAUUUUUAUCUUAUAUAUUUAGAUAUCUUAGAAUUUACUUUUUAACUGAAUAAGAAUUCUCUAAAAAUCCUCUAUUAGAAUUCAAUUCAUUCCAAGAAAAAAUUAGCGAAGAAAAUGAAUUGUUGGUUAAAUAGUUUAUGAUUCAAAACAUUAAGAAUGUCUUAUCCACUUAUAAGCAAAUAUCUAAACCUAUUGGUAAAGAAUUGUAGGACUUAUAUAAAAUUCAAAAGGAUGAGAUGACCAUACUAUAAAAUAAUCUCACUUUUUUUAAUAAAUGAG